ACUUUCUGCCAGUCUACUAGUUUAUGCAUCAGUGAAUGUUCCCUCUGGUUGUUUGUCCUGCAGCUGUUUGACUGGAGUAAGUCCAACAGUAAAGAGCGUGUGCUGACUUUCUACCGGCUAUGCGACCGCGUGGCCGAGCGGCUCAAAGGCCUGUUCGUCCUGUUCGCAGGAAAUCUAGUGAAGCCGAUGUCAGAGCUGCUGCAGCAGACCAACGGUGCCAAGACAGAUGAGCUGCUCUUUGACUCUGACAGAGGUGAGGACAAGAACAGUCUGCUGCUUCAGUUCGUCCUCGACUGUCUCAACAAGAUUUUCCUGUACGACACGCAGCGCUUCCUCAGCAGAGAGCGAGCCGAUGCCCUGCUUAGCCCGCUGGUCGACCAGCUCGAGUCUGGAUGGCUGAUUUAUGUAGGCAGUAUACAGCAGCAAACUGUGUUCCAUGAGAACAUCUACAUGAUGUGGGACAACGUUAGAACAACCGCUGGACACCAGGAACAAGCUGAUUUGUCUGAUGACAGCAUCUUAAACUGGGAUCAGCUCCGACUUCGCUUCUCGUCCCCCUUCGCUCGCCUUCCAGACCUCGCCUGUCAAGCCGGUCAGUUUAGUGAUGACAGGGCUCAGGUGAGGCCGGAGCCUGUCAUAGCACCAGCAUGUCGCAGCUCGGUGAUACCCCUGUCAGUGGAAGUGUUUACAGUUUCUCAGUGUCCUACAGGGACGACAGCAGGAGGUGAAGGUCGUGUUUCCACACCUGAGAAUCAUAGCAGUCAUCUGCUUUCUGCUGCACGAACUGCUCACAUCUGAGCAUGUCUGCAGGCCCGGAGAAGUGAUUAAAAGCCUGCAAUUU